UGGUUUGAUUUUCAAACAUUAGUACUAAUAUUUUCAUAUAUUUAUCUACCAUGCCUCGUCAAUUUAUGUGUGCUUAUACAAUUCAAAAAGCCAAUCAAAUUAUUUCCAAAGCAAAAAGCCAUUCAUGGAAGCAGAGGAAAUCUUGAACCUCUUUGACACUUUUUGGUUUGGGCAUCAAAGUUCUUUAACAUCAACAGGUUCUCAUGAAAACAAACAUCAUCAAAGUAAACAAGAAUCAUCAAAAGAAUCAAAGCUUUCUCGAAUCCGAACCAAUCACACAAGGUCCAUGAGUGAUGAAUUAAACAACAUGACAGCUUUCAAACAUGAAUCUCUUUCUCCAAAAUCUGUGCUUUUUGAAACAAAGCUACAUACAAUCCCCUCAGGGAAAGAUGUCACAGACUACAAAGAAGCCGAAAACCAAACACAGUUGCGGCUUCAAGUUUCGCCUAAGAAGAACAUCGUAAGAAAUAGAAGGAGGAAGAGAGAAAGCAAGAGUUUAUCAGACCUUGAGUUUGAGGAGGUAAAAGGGUUCAUGGAUCUUGGUUUUGUUUUCUCGGAGGAAGAUAAAGAUUCGAGCUUGGUUUCAAUCAUACCGGGGUUGCAAAGGUUAGGAAAGAAUGAUAAAGACGAAGACGAAGAAGAAGAUUCUUCUUUUGAAUCUAUGAUUCAAAGACCUUACCUUUCUGAAGCAUGGGAGGUUCAUGAAUGGAGAAAGAAAGAGAAGCCUUUGAUGAAUUGGAAAAUUCCUGCUCCUACCAAUGAUGUUGAUAUGAAAUAUAGUCUCAAAUGUUGGGCUCAUAAUGUUGCUUCCACUGUAAAAUGAUGAAGUUUGUGAUUCAAAAUUUUAUGAUAUUUUGCUUGUGUCUUUUAAGGUUUAAUUUGAUUUUUGGCUCCUAUUUUUCAUUUCAUAGUUUUGUUAGUUGUUCAAUUUUGUUUUGUUUUGAAAUUUGUUGGAAAUUUGCAUUCGGUUGUAAAUUGUGAUUUAGUUGCAUGAGAAAUAGCAAACUGGUAGACAUGGAUAAGUUGGAAUGGGACUAGUUGAAGGAAAGAGCCACGAGAAACCAUAUGAUUGUUUGGCCGAGGAGGUGAUGUAUCAUGUGAUGGACUUACAUUUUUUUUUAAGCAAGAAUUAUAUUUAUGGGAGAACUAAGGGUUCUCCAACUUUGAUAGACAAUAACGGAACAAGUUCGACAAAAAACGAUAUUACAAACCAAUUACAAUCACGACAAAAAAGACAACGG